AAUGUUUUCUGUUUUAUUCUGACAGGAUGGGUGUAUACACUGAGGACUGAAAACAACCUGGCAGUGGAUGCAGACUGGGAGCCUUCCCCAGCUUGUUUAUAAGGAAGUGAGCGCUCUGAAGCAGCAGCAUACAGCAUUUGCAUCUGUGUGCAGAGGAACGGAAUCUACCGUACAGUACACCAGACAGCAUGAGAGCCCUGGUCCUGUUUGUGUGCCUGUCAGUGGGCUGCCUGGCUCAAACACCACGACCAUGCAGAUCCCCAGCACUGCUGACAGGACGCCUCUCUGUGUCCUCCCCACGUCAUCAGCUGAUGGCCUUUGCCAAGUACAGCUAUGACGCACUGGGAGAGCGCAUCCGCCUCAGAGAGAUUGGACAUUAUGGCAAUAAGACCUCCCACCACGAUGUACUUUUACUCUACAGACAGCGUGUCAUGUAUAAGAUCAACUACAAGAACCACACAUGUUGCAAGAAGAGACUGUGUGUAGACUUCCACCCGAUGGGGAUCCCAAAGAACUCGACCAUGCUGGGACAGGUGGUGUUAGGCAGCUCCUCUGGGCCGGGGCAAGGAGUUCUGGUCAACACCUGGUUGGGAGAGCUACACAUGAAGAAGGAACCAGCAAAGUACAUGAGCACUGUCACAGAGUUUGGAUGUGUCCCUGUCAGCACUGUGUUUCACAGCAACAGCACCGGAUGGGUGGUGACCAGCUUCUUCAACAACGUCAUUGGCCUAGCGGACCCUCAAGAGCUCAUCCCUCCACCCAUAUGUAAGGGCGCCCAGCAGGAGGAAGAGGACGACGAGGAACCAGAGAGCUUCUUCAGCUUGUUGUAGAAUAGAAUACUUUCACAAAUGUAGUGCACUGUGAGGAUGGCUACUGUACAGUAUAUGACUCUUUGCACUGCGUUUGUUUAGUGGCAUUGGUGGUCAUUGGUGUAGCAUUUUGUAAGCAAGUUGUCUAUGGGUGAAAUUAAUCUUAAUUCACUUUAAUGAAUUCUACAUUUGUGGCUUUAUUACUCUCUUUUUUGGUGUGUGUGUGUGUGUGUGUGUGUGUGUGUGUGUGUGUGUGUGUGUGUUUGUGUGUGUGUGUGUGUGUGUGUGUGUGUACGUGUGUAAUUUUUUACAAAUACAGGUGAAGUGAGAAAUUAAAUGUACGAUAUAAUUUCACAACACUCUAACAAUAAAAAACUAUCACAGGGUGGAGGUCAAAUGU